CUCUCUCAGCCUCCCAUGGCGGCCGAGAACAGCAAGAAGACUAGUACAUUCUCAAACUCCCCAUUCUUCAACGACCCAGUCUCUCCCUUUGACAUCUUUUAAGCCUAAAACCCACAUUGAACCUCAAAGCCAAGUCUUUAUAAUAUUUCUCUGCAACUAUAAACCCACAUUGAUGAUUGAACCUCCCACUCUCUAUCUUGAUUCUCGGCUCCGUUUGCACUUUUCCUAAAGCCCCAUUCCCUCCUUUCUCGGUCUUUCGCUCUGAACUCUCAGCUUAAAGAAAGAGAGAAAAAAAGCAACUUCUUUCAGAUCUUGGUUUUGCCUUUUGUUUUCACUCUCUCGGGCUAAAUAUUGUGGAUUCUUGGUUUUUUGUCUUGGGUUUUGCUUGUUUGAAAUCUGAAAGCGAAAAAUGGGAGGCAAAUGGAGAAAAGCGAAGGUCUCACUGGGUCUCAAUCUUUGUGUAGUUGGCCCAAGAACUUUAGAGGAUUCGCCUCCUUCUCUAGAGGCCCCUGAGAGGCUGUCCGAUGCUGCUCUGCUCUCUCCGGACAAAUGGAGCACUGUUUCUUCGCAGCCAAGCACGCCCACACCGUCUUCUCGCGGUUUAAGGUUGCCAAAAAGUGGCAACAAAUCGUCCAAGCAGACUUGCUCAAUAUGCUUAACCAAAAUGAAACAAGGAGGUGGUCAUGCUAUUUUCACUGCAGAAUGCUCACAUUCAUUUCAUUUCCACUGCAUCGUUUCAAAUGUCAAGCAUGGCAACCAAAGCUGUCCAGUUUGCAGAGCAAAAUGGAAAGAAAUCCCUGUGCAGGGUCCUAGUUUAGAUCCUUCUCCAGGGAGGGCAUCAAUUGGUCCAGUUGGUUGGCCACAAAAUGAUGCUUUGAUGAACAUGGUCCGCCGACUACCUCCUACUCGAGAUAUCAAUCGGCGGCAUAUCAUUCCACUUUAUCAAUCUACGGAGCCGGCUGUAUUUAAUGAUGAUGAAUCCUUACAUCACCAGCCUGUAUUUUCUAAAAGAAGCCUCUGCAAUAAGAAUGCUGCAUAUCACGAUCCUGUUAAAACAAUAGAGAUCAAAACAUACCCAGAAGUCUCAGCUGUUCCUCGUUCCAAAUCUUGCAAUAACUUCACUGUUUUGGUCCAUCUAAAAGCCCCUGCUGCAAUUACAGGGAAAAAUACCAGCCAAAACCAUGCUAGCUUGCCACAAUUUUCUGAGACUGCUCGUGCUCCAGCUGAUCUAGUCACAGUGCUUGAUGUCAGUGGUAGCAUGGCAGGGACCAAGCUUGCAUUGCUUAAACGAGCAAUGGGGUUCGUAAUACAGAACCUUGGCUCCAAUGACAGGCUUUCAGUUAUUGCCUUCUCCUCCACAGCACGUCGCCUCUUUCCCCUCCGUCAGAUGUCAGACUCAGGGCGGCAACAGGCACUGCAAGCUGUUAACUCUUUGGUUGCUAAUGGUGGGACCAACAUUGCUGAAGGCCUGAGAAAGGGUGCCAAGAUACUGGAAGACCGAAGGGACAAGAAUCCUGUGGCAAGUAUAAUACUGUUGUCUGAUGGGCAGGACACUUAUACUGUCAGUGGCUCUGGCAGUAACCAACUUCAACCAAAUUACCAGUUGCUUCUCCCUUCAUCUAUUCAUGGUGGUCAUAACACAGGAUCUCUGAUUCCAGUGCAUGCUUUUGGAUUUGGUGUGGAUCAUGAUGCUUCAUCGAUGCACUCAAUUUCAGAGAUUUCGGGGGGGACCUUUUCUUUCAUUGAGACUGAAGCUGUGAUCCAGGAUGCAUUCGCUCAAUGCAUUGGGGGGCUGUUGAGUGUUGUGGUGCAGAAGCUGCAAGUGGGAGUUGAUUGUGUGCAUACAAAAACCCACCUUGUCUCACUGAAAGCAGGAAAUUACCCCAGCCGUGUGAUGGUUGAUGGGCGCACUGGAUUUAUUGAUGUUGGAGAUUUGUAUGCAGAUGAAGAGAGGGAUUUUCUUGUUUCCCUCGAUGUCCCCACAGAACCUUCCAGCAGUGAAACAUCACUGAUAAAGGUGAGGUGUAUGUUCAAGGAUCCUUUAACUAAAGAAAUGAUGACAUUGGAGAGUGAAGAAGUUAGGAUUGAGAGGCCCGAAAUAGCUAAACAAGUGGCAGUAGCAAUAGAAGUAGACCGCCAACACAACAGGCUCCAAGCAGCCGAGGCAAUGGCACAGGCACGUGUUGCAGCCGAGCGGGGAGACUUAGCUGCUGCAGUUUCAAUUCUCGAAAAUUGCCGAAGAGUGUUGUCAGAGACUGUCUCAGCGAAAUCCCAUGAUCGGCUGUGUAUUGCACUGAAUGCUGAGCUCAAAGAAAUGCAAGAGAGGAUGGCAAGUAGGCAUGUGUACGAGGCAUCUGGGAGAGCAUAUAUUCUUUCUGGACUGAGUUCACACUCGUGUCAAAGAGCAACGGCAAGAGGCGACUCCACUGAUGGUUCAAGCCUUGUUCAAGCUUAUCAAACUCCAUCAAUGGUUGAGAUGCUUACUCGAUCUCAGGCUAUGUUACUAGGUAGUCCGUCAGACCAGAGGCUAAAGCCAAGGUAAAUUUUGCAGGAUCAUUGUGGGGGUCAUCUUCAAAUAGCCUUUUUGUUGCAUCCCUCAUUUUGCUGUAUUUUUAAUUUUUGUGCUGGGGAGGGUGAUAAAUUUGAGAGAUAAGAGAGGUUUUUUGGCUGUGAUUUUGCUCCUAUCUUAUGUAUAAAUGAAUAAAGUAUAAAGCUUGGAGGAAUGGUAAGGGUAAAAAUAUAUUUGGGAGUUACUUGUCAAGGAAAAAAAAAAAAAAUUUGGGAGGUAAAAAAGGGCACUAGGUAAGGUUUAGAACAUGAAGUUCUUCAUUUUUCGUGGUGUUGGGGGUGUACACAACGAGGAAUGGCUCCUCUCUGGGAGACUUGGGUAUAUGAUGCGAUGAACUCUUUUGCCUGAUGUAUAAGUUACCUGAUCUCGAUUAUUUCCACAAAGCUCUGUUAAUUUUGUGA